GACGACGUCAGUUUGACAAAUAUUUAAAUAAUAAUGAAGGAGACUCAAUCAGGAAAAAUGAGUUAACACAUGAAUGAAUCUUUCUUCUUCAGGAAGGGGGUCUGGUCGAUUAAAGGCGCUACAGAACAGUGUUUGAUGUCAGCCAGCUGAUGUUAACGCAUUUCCAUCGCAAUCCGUGUGGACACUACCUCUGACACUACUGAUGCUCCACUGUUCUGAUUUCAGUAGGCUGCCAUGGAGAGCUCUACUGAAGUUGGAAAGAUGUCAAGGCUGGUGUUGUCUCUGGUACUGUUUACAUCUGGGCUGGUUCGGUGCAGGCCGCCUGUUCAGGACAAGACAGGACUGGACCCUGAAGUAAAUAUGAACAUUAGUGAGAUCAUCAGACACUGGGGUUACCCAGCUGAAGAAUUUGAAGUGGUCACUGAGGAUGGAUACAUCUUGAGCAUCAACCAAAUCCCACAUGGGGUCAAAAACAAGGAUGGACAAGAAGCCAAGCCUGUAGUGUUCCUGCAACAUGGUCUUCUUGCAGCUGGAAGUAAUUGGGUGACAAACCUGCCCAACACCAGCCUGGGUUUCCUCCUAGCUGAUGCUGGUUUUGACGUGUGGAUAGGCAACAGCCGUGGGAACACGUGGUCCAGAAAACACAUCAGCCUUGAUCCUAAACAGAAAGAAUACUGGCAGUUCAGUCAUGAUGAGCUGGCUAAGAAGGAUCUUCCUGUAGUGAUCAACUUCAUCACAAAGACCACUGGCCAGGAGCAAAUCUUUUAUGUGGGCCAUUCCCAGGGAACCACUAUAGCAUUCAUUGCUUUCUCCACAAUGCCGGAGCUGGCCAGCAAAAUCAAGAUGUUUUUUGCUCUGGCUCCUGUCGCCACAGUGGGGUUGACCAAAAGCCCCAUGAGCAAAUUGACUGUUAUUCCAGAGUUUCUCAUUUGGGAUCUCUUUGGAAGAAAAGACUUCUUUCCUCAGAAUGACUUGAUUAAGUUUUUUGCCACUGAGUUCUGCAGCAGAAAGCCUUUGAGUGUGCUGUGCGGGAACAUCUUCUUUCUUCUCUGCGGCUUUGAUGAGAAGAACCUGAACAUGAGCAGAACACCUGUGUACACAACACACUGCCCAGCAGGAACCUCAGUCCAGAACAUGGUUCACUGGGCUCAGGCUGUGAAAUCCAGUAAGCUUAUGGCUUAUGAUUAUGGAAAAGCUGGAAAUAUGGCACAUUAUAAUCAGUCGACCCCUCCCCUGUACAACAUGCGGGAUAUGACAGUACCCAUAGCCUUAUGGUCUGGUGGGCAGGACACUCUGGCAGAUCCUCAGGAUGUGGCUCUGCUGCUUACACAGAUACCUAAAUUGGUGUACCACCGCAACAUUAAGCACUGGGAGCACCUGGACUUCAUCUGGGGUUUGGAUGCCCCACAAGAGAUGUACAACAAAAUGAUCAAAAUGAUGAGGGAGAAUGUGUGAAGAGACAUUUUGUUUGAGCAGUAGGUUCUAUCAGCAGUUUUUCGUUUGUACUUUCUAUAAGCAGAUGAAGCCAUUUGUUUUAGGUGCUGUUAAAUGUCAAAUUGCUGUCAAAUCUGCAAUUUGCCAAUGUAAAUUUGAUAUUACAAACUGAUUUAAGCCUUCGGGCUAUCACCCAGAGACCAGAGUUUUACACUCACGAUCAGAUGUUGCAUUUUAAUGUCUUUUAAAUGACAUGCACUUGUUUAAUGUGUUUUGUACCUAGCUUUUACUAACUACAACUACAAAUCUAAACUCACUUGUCUUAAGUGUUUAUCACAUAAUGGAUGGAUUUUGUAAAACAUGACUUGAAAUAAACAUGCAUUGGAGUGGAA